AUGCAAGACCUAGAGAUCCAGCAGCUUGGGGAGCCGGCUCCACCAGAAAGGUCGGUGUCUUUGCCUCAGAGACUCCUGAGGCUUCCGGCAAUCUAUAGCAUCGAAAUCUGGCGUCAUAUCGGUAUCGGACGUCGAAUCGGUGGACUUCGCCGCGGCCGUACCCUCACGAUACUGCGCAAAGUCGGAGGUGUUGCGGGAACAACCGUAUCUGUCUACAUUGCGGUUGUGCACGAUGAGCCUAUUGCCCCGCUGCUUUACAACUACCUUUGGUGCAGUGCUGCACUUGUGGACAGUGUACUCUUUCUCACAUGGCGUCACAUGUCCAAGAUGCCCAACGCCUACUCCAUUCUGUUCAUCCUAAUGUCCUAUGCGACUCUAACCACAUUACUAAAGGGACCGGAGCUAGUCCUCGACAGGGUCCUGCCGGUGCUCCCUCUUGUUGCCAUCUCAGGAGCAUUCCUCGCCUCGCUCUUCUUAAGCAUACAUGAAAGCAUUAUGAUCCCAUCAGUUCUGGACGUGGAGCGUGGAGACCGUGCUGCCUGGGACGCGGUUUCUUCUUGUCUGGUGUAA